AUGCAUUCCGGCAGCACCCGCCGUGGUGACUGCCCUACCAUCAACUGGCCGGCCAUCACUUCGAAGAUCACCGGCCAUGGCCUCGACACUCUCCCCGCGGCCGUCCGCGACUUCUACCUCGUGGGCCAGGUGGUCGCCAAUGCAUCCGUCUGCUCUACCCACAAGGCGAAUCUCUUGUCGGGGUAUCUCGACGUGCUCAACGACUUGGACUACUGGACCAUUUCGGGGUUUUGCAGCCCCAGGCUCGCACAGAUGUCGGCCGAUGCUUUAGACCCGCAAAAGCCACCAUCGUCAUCGGUGGAACAAUGCCUGCUGUGGAUGGAGGCUCUCACGGCCAAGUGGCCGCUCCCUGCCUCGGUAUUCACAGAAGCGAGCAUCCGCUUGUUGAGGCAAGAUGAUAUCUGGAUGGGUGUGUUCUUCUGGUGCUCGGGCUGUAUGAAGGUAUCAGGGCGGAGCAAGGAUGAGCUGUGGACGAGAUUGGGAUAUCAGGGGUCUUAUCUCUCUGAUACAGAGCAGAUGUUCAAGGUCGAUACCGUUUAG